AUGGGGAAGUCCAAUACUUUGACACACGAGGAGAUCUGGGAUGAUUCUUCUCUAGUGCGAUCGUGGGACGAUGCAGUGGAGGAGUACCAGCUCUAUCACAGUAUUCAUGCCAAGGGCGAGAAUGUCGAAGAUGUUCUGAAAGAGGCAGAAGAAACAGGCACUGCCGAAGAGUUUCCUGCUGUCGAGGGUGCUGAUCAAGUCGAUAUCCAAGAUGGCUCCAUGGAGGUCGAUACUGGCGAUUCACUUGCAGAUGUCACGGCCGACCAGUCCGAAGCAAAGGUUGCCGCUGCCCAGUCUGCGCCAGAAGGAGGAAGCGCCGCCGCUGAGGGCCCAAAGGUUCCCGCGGGGGCCAUGUCGAUGCCUGAGCCGCUCUUAGCUCAAGUCCAAGAUGAAAGCUUGAAGCGUCUCAUGAUGGCCUGGUAUUAUGCAGGGUACUACACUGGCCUCCAUGAAGGACAACAACAAGCCACCCAGGGAAAGAACUGA